AUCGCCUCGAUAACCCAACCCGGGAUCGAAGCUUUUUUGAACAUUUUGGCCCAGCUCUGAAACUGACCCAAGAGAAAAACCCCCGGAAGAACAAUUCAAUCGGGUCUGGCUCUGAAACAUGUCCACAUCUCACCACACACACAGUCUUCUCUCUGGCGCGCUCUCCCUCUCAAUGCUAGGGCACGCAUAAGAACCAGUGCCACCGUUCAGACACGCACCGGCCACCGUCACCGGCCUCACGCUGUUCUUCCUGGCAACCGGCGCUACUCUGCUUUUGCUCGACUGCUUCUCGGAACCGGCUACUCUGCUUCUGCGCUGCACAGCUUCUCCGCGCCGCCCUUCUCGCCGGCGAACCUCUGUCACGGCGCCACCAACAGCGGCCGCGGAGUGUGAAGGUUACUGCUUUGUUCUUGCUCCUCUUCUUCUCGGCGCUGCUCCUCUUCUUAUCCUGCUUCUCUUCUUCUCGAUGCUGCUCAUCUUCUUCUCGGAGCUGGUGCUCUUCUCAUGAGGAAGGUCAGAAGCCCCUGCGCAGCCGCUCCUCUUCUUCUCGGCACUGGUUCUGACUUUGCAUAGAUGUGAAGAAGAGUGUUCCCCAGGCUGAGCGAGCAGCAGCUUGAUGCCACGAAUGAGGGAGGUUCUGACCACCUACUCAACGGUGUUGCUGCGAAGGAAUUGGUAGGCGCACAGCGAAUCCGUCUCCGACGCACUUUUUCUCAAACUCAUCUCUGCUAAUUUGAGUCCCAAACAACAGUAGGGUUUGAAUUCAAUUCAUUUUUUGUGGAACCCAAACAACAGUACGAGGUGAUGAUCCAAUGUAACAAUCCUUUUAUGCUUUCCUCUUCAAUUAGUCACUUCAAAUCACUGCUCAUAUGCCCCUUUAAACUCAUAGAAUGGCGUUUGAAUACCAUUCGAACCCUUUGGCAAUCUUCAUCAGCAGCAACUACUUUUUCCGAUUCACAUUGUGACAGAUUGGACGAUUUGUGUGUCAUUGAUGACAGGGACCUUCUUCUUCCAAGUCGGAAUUCCAAAACUGGUCUCCAUGUUCUGGAUCUUAUUGGCAGCGGCUCGCUUGAGCCGAACCGAUCCAUGUACAAUGCAAUGCUAAAGAGAUGCACCCAGUUCGGGAAGCUUAGAGAAGGAAGAUUGGUGCAUUCACACAUCCUUAAUUCUAAGCUCAGGGAUGACCUUGUUAUUCGAAAUUCUAUUCUUUUCAUGUAUGCAAGGUGUGGCAGUUUGGAAGAGGCUCGCCGAGUGUUCGACGAAAUGCCGUCCAAAGACAUGGUUACUUGGACGUCCAUGAUUACUGGGUAUUCCCAGAAUGAAUGCGCCCAACAUGCACUUGCUUUGUUUCCUCAGAUGCUACGAUUUGGGUCCAGACCGAAUGAAUUCACGUUAUCCAGCUUGGUGAAAUCUUGUGGAUUUAUAUCCAGCUAUAAGGAUGGGCAGCAAAUUCAUGCAUGUUGUCUGAAGUAUGGAUUCCACUCAAAUGUUUUUGUGGGCAGUUCGAUUGUAGACAUGUAUGCUAGGUGUGGAUACUUGAGCGAAGCACGAUUGGCAUUUGACAAGCUGGAAAAUAAGAAUGAGGUUUCAUGGAAUGCUUUGAUAACUGGAUAUGCUAGGAAGGGUGAAUUAGAGGAUGCGUUGGCUCUGUUUAUUAGGAUGCAGAGGGAAGGUUAUAAACCAACAGAAUUUACUUAUUCAUCCCUUAUAUGUGCUUCUUCGAGUAUAGGAUCUUUGGAGCAAGGUAAAUGGCUUCAUGCACUUACAAUAAAAUGGGGCAAAAAAUUAACUGGUUACGUGGGCAACACUCUUCUUCACAUGUAUGCAAAGUCAGGUAGCAUUCAGGAUGCAAGAAAGGUUUUCAAUCGAUUGCUCAAGAUUGAUGUGGUUUCUUUCAAUUCGAUGCUUAUAGGGUAUGCCCAGCACGGGUUUGGAAAAGAAGCUGUGCAACAGUUCGAAGAAAUGUUGAGGAUUGGGAUUGAACCCAAUGACAUCACAUUCCUAAGUGUUCUUACUGCUUGUAGCCGUGCUGGGCUUUUGGAUGAGGGUAAAAAUUAUUUUGGAUUAAUGAAAAAGUACAAUAUUGAACCGAAAAUCUCACAUUAUGUGACGAUUGUUGAUCUUUUUGGUCGAGCUGGCCUUCUUUAUCAAGCUAAAAGUUUCAUUGAAGAAAUGCCAAUCGAACCCACUGCAGCUAUAUGGGGAGCUUUGCUUGGUGCUUCUAGGAUGUAUAAGAACAUGGAGAUAGGUGUUUAUGCUGCUGAACAAAUAUUUGAGAUUGAACCUUCUUAUUCAGGGACACAUAUAUUGCUUGCCAAUAUGUAUGCCUCUGCGGGUAGGUGGAAGGAUGUUGCAAAAGUUAGAAAGAUAAUGAAAGACAGUGGCUUGAAGAAGGAGCCUGCAUGUAGUUGGGUUGAGAUUCAGAAUUCUGUCCAUGUAUUUGUUGCAAAUGACUUUGCAAAUCCACAAAAUGAGAAGGUCCUUAAAAUGUGGGAGAAGCUAAAUCAUGAAAUUAAGGCAAUUGGCUAUGUUCCAGACACUAGUCAUGUGCUUCUUUGUGUAGAUCAACAAGAGAAGGAAGUAAGUAUACAAUAUCACAGUGAGAAGUUGGCUCUCGCAUUUGCACUUCUAAAUACUUCUCCUGGAUCCACCAUACGUAUCAUGAAGAAUAUCAGGGUUUGUGGUGAUUGCCACUCAGCAAUAAAAUAUGUGUCAUCAUUGGUGAACAGGGAAAUCAUAGUGAGAGACACUAAUCGCUUCCACCACUUUCGUGAUGGCUCCUGUUCAUGUGGAGACUACUGGUAGUACCAAUUAUUAUCAACAAAUCAGGUAGAGUUUUGGAGGGUUACUGGUUGUUGUUCUCUAGUAUCUCUGAAUAUUGUCACUCAACUACUCUGCUUGUGGUUUAGUUGAUUUUGUAACAUUUUUUUUUUUAAUUAUACAAUCUGGUUAUAGUAAAUAUAAUUGAUGAUCAUGAGUAAGAUACUUUCAAACUUGGUUAAAACAAAAAUUUGUUGGCUUGUGAGAUAAACCUAGCUAUUUAUUUGAGGCUGAAUACGAUAUUGUAAAGUGAAUUCAUUUUGAUAUUUAUCAGUGAUGGAAGUGGAGAAUGGAAUUAGAGCGGUUGAGUAUUUGGCUUAGACUGUGAUAAGAGCUCCCCUGGCUUAAAGUUCUGCGUUUAGAUUUUUUAACUCAUUCUCUUUUGAAAUGCUAGUCAGUUGGAAUUAUAGGUUGGAUCCUUUGCAUAGUUUGAUUGGUUAUGGUGGCAGAGUGGGAAGGUUAAUCUGAUGAUGACAGAUGAUACCAUGCCAGGGAUGACAUGAAAUGAACUGUUCAAGAUGAUCGAGCUGGAUAAGGAUGCACUUUGGCUCCCUUUGUGUUAAUUUCACCAGCAAGGAUUCUAGGGGCGAUCAUAUUAAUCAGGAAGGGGAAAAAAAAGUCUUUACCUGAACUGAUAGGUUCUUGGAGGGAGGGAGCAGAGGCGUUUCUGACACUUCCAAUUGAAGCCAGUGCAGGUGUAAAGUGUAAGAUGCACAAGGGCGUGUUUGCGAGUUUGAGAUCUGAGUGGGAAGGGAAGGGAAUGGAUUGAUGAGUAAAGUGAAGUAUCUUUUACUUCUCAAAUCAAACCUUCCAUUUUCCUUCUGUUCCCUCCAAGACCUCAACUCCAACACGCCCAAAUAGUUUCAUCACGAGAGAUGAAAGUGAUGGAAAAUCUUGGGAUCAGAUAUGUGUUAGUCCACCCUUUCAACUAUCAUCAUCAGGAUUUUCACCAUUACCUUGUCCUUCAAGAAGUCUACAUUGUGAUUGAGAGAGUAGUGUCCUAAUUGUGCUCUUUUUUUUUGCCACACCAGUGUUCAUGUCAAAUUAUAUGGUAUAUAUUCCGUAUCAAAAAUGCUGUGUACACAAAAAAUUAGUCACUAUGUUUUGUCAUUUGUGUAUAGAGAACAAUAACAUAGUUGACUAUGUAUUUGUUCUACCCUCUAUCUAUUGUUGACAGUAUGAACUCGGAUCCAAAAGGGUAAUUAGUCCAUCAUUAAUGUUGUGACCAC